GGGCAUAUCUCUGCGCACGCCGCCUGACUCAGAACUUAGAGCUCUCAGCUUAGAUGGGACCAAAGCCACAUCAAGACUCACACACUUCCACAUCAACCCUUCGGGGGAAGAGAAGGGGAGCGCUCGGAGAUCUGCUUGCUAGUGUAAACACUGGCGGUUAAGACUGACACAAGACUCUUAUUUCCGUCCUGUUCUUUGAAUUUCUGCAAGAGUUGUUGAUUAAAUUGGCAGUCUUCUCCAACUCAUCUCAGUUUCGGGGUCCACAAUCUACCAAGAAGGGCCCAGAAGUGUGCAUGACUGUAUGCUGCAGCUUUUGAACCCUGGAACUGUACUAUAAAGCAUUAUGACUCUUCUGGGCUCUGAACACUCCAUACUGAUACGAAGCAAGUUUAGAUCAGUGCUACAGUUAAGACUUCAACAGAGGAGGACACGAGAGCAGCCGGCAAACCAAGGCAUCAUGCCUCACUCAACCUCAGUCGGGUCCUCAGUGGAGGACCAAGUGAGGUUAAAGCGAGGCCGCCUCGCAGAGAAGCUCAGUGAGAAACUGGCCCUCAGACCGGGGCCCCUCGAUCUGCUCCAAAAGAAAAUAAUUCCUCUAGACUCUACCCUCAACACAACAGUAAAUCAUGGCAAGUUCCCCAAGCAAGAGGACUCUUAUGCCUUUGAGGAGGACAGCAGCAGUGAAAGUUUGUCUCCUGAACAACACCACAGCGAUGAGUCUCAGAGUUCAGCAUGCCCUCCGUCCGAGAUGAUCGGCAGUUUGCCCUCCUCGUCUUCCUCACCUGCGCUCGCCAGCACUCAGCAGGAGGGCACAACCAGAGAGCCAUCUGACCAAAGCCAGGAUGAAGUUUGCAACAACCACGCGACACCCCCAAUACCAGUCCCUGCUAUUGUCAAGUCUAAGACAUCAGACAAGAACCGCCAUAAGAAGCCCAAAGAUGUGAAGCCCAAAGUGAAAAAGCUGAAAUACCACCAGUAUAUCCCGCCAGACCAGAAGGCCGAUAAGUCGCCUCCACCUAUGGACUCUGCCUAUGCCCGACUCCUCCAGCAGCAGCAGCUCUUCCUGCAGCUGCAGAUCUUAAGCCAACAGAAACACGCUCAAAAUCACUCCCAGUCGCAGCAACAUACACACUCUCUACAGAUGCAAGGCCAGGCUCAGCAGCGACAACGUGGCUUCAGUUACCAGCCACACCCACCAGCACAGAUGCAGAAAGGUUCCAGUGAGCAGUUGUCUGGCUGUACCCCCAGUGGUCCAUCCAACUCUGGCGACAGCAACUCUUCCUCACCAAUCAAGACCACAUAUCCCAACCAAAGCACCAUCUCCUCAGUAAAACCUGGACCUCUUCCAGCCAACCUGGAUGACCUUAAAGUUUCCGAGCUCCGGCAGCAUCUUCGCAUCCGUGGAAUGCCUGUGUCAGGUACCAAGACGGCUCUCAUCGAGCGACUCCGACCCUUCAGGGACUCCAAUUCGGGCUCAUCGCCUUCAGGCUCUUCCGAUAUCACCACAGUGACCUUCCCAGUUACGCCUUCUUACCAAUCUCCGUCGUCUUCCAGCACCUUGUCCCAGGGAGGUUAUUACCCCUAUCCCAGCACCUCUUCCACCCCACCAAUCUCACCAGCGUCCUCUGAGCAUUCCCUUAGCGGCUCCCUCCCAGACAGUUUCAGCGAUGUGCCCAUGUCCUCUCCGCCACAGUUCGCGCUGCAAGCCUCUCCAGGACGGCUCGGAGCAGAUGACACCUUGGGAGGGGUUGGAUCGCGAGCGGGAGAAGGUGGAGGAAUGGAAGGGAUGGAUACAGAAAAAGACAAAAUGCUGGUAGAAAAGCAAAAGGUGAUUGAAGAGCUGACAUGGAAGCUACACCAGGAGCAAAGACAGGUUGAGGAACUAAAGAUGCAGCUACACAAGAGAAAACGCUGCUAUGGAGGGACACAAGGCACUAUCGUCCCAUCUCCGUCCCACAAUCUCGCCAUGCACAAUCAGACUCCAGCAAUGAUGGGCCAUCAUCCCUACGAGGUGAACAUCAAACAAGAGCCAAUGUCACUGUCUUCAAGCUGCCCGCUCUCCUCUCCCAAACAUAUCAAGAGCUCUCCUGGGAACUGCAUGGAGGACAUGGGACACUGCAACACCAUGCUCCCUAAUAUGGGGGGCGAUUGCGGGCCACAGUGUAUGAAGCCAGCCCCUUCCUCCGGCAGCCCAUCCACCAUGACGGCUUUCCUCAGCCCGCAGUGCUCACCGCAGGACUCGCCCAUCGGGAAGCCUGCCGGAAGCCCCCAGCCGUCGUCUCCUAGCAACCCUUACAUACUAUCAACUCCGGUAGGGAGGGAUGGCUGUGGUCCCCCCAACCACUGCAGUACCGGAGGAUGCAUUAUGCAGGUACAUCAUAAGAAUGGCUCUCAGGCUGUCAACUGUUCCUACCCUGCAGACCAAAGAGGCCUUCAGGGAGUUUAUUCCAAUACAUCUGAUUAUAGCCUUAAUCACAAUGGAUCAGCCAAGCUUGGCAACCCAAAUAUGCAACCAAAGCAGCUGACCCGAAGUCAGCAGAUGGACGAACUUUUGGAUGUCCUCAUAGAAAGCGGAGAGAUGCCAGCUAACGCCAGAGAAGAGAGGGAGAGGUCCUCUGUAACCAAAGUCUUGCCUCACAUUACUGUGUUCCCAGGGUACCCCAGCCUACUCGUCCCAAGGCUCCACCGCCACUACGAGCACCAAUCGCCCACACAGCUUCAUUACGACCAUCUGGAGACUCUGCUGGGCCCAAUGAGCAGGGGAGGCGAGACAACCUCUCUUAAGAUGACCACCGACGACGGGCGCCAAGAAGAUGAAGGAAACGGCGACGGAUACAACAGCCCCCACCACCAGUGCCAUCCUCAUCAUUCCCAACAGGACAAAGUCGGGGCCAACAUCACGCCUCUUUCCCCGCUGAACAAAGUGUCUUCUGUCCCUGAGGUUCAGGGGAUGGUUAGCAUGGCUUUCAGUGAAACCCCAUGGGAGACGAUGGAGUGGCUGGACCUGACGCCACCCACCUCCACCGCCGCCUUCAAUGUUCCGACACCGAUUGUGCCCAGCAUUUUCAAUGCAGAGUUCUUAGAUGUCAACGACAUAAACUUAAACUCUUCGAUGGACCUUCAUCUGGAGCACUGGUGAAAACAAAUCUGUUACCAAGCUAAUAUGGAGGAUGUAUUUCAUUCUGUCAGUUUUGGUCCUCCACAAGCUAAAGUCAAGACACCAGCUUUUAACAAACUGCACGGAUCACAUGCGUUAACCAAUGAAUUUUCAGAGAAAAUAACUCAGAAAAGCCAACCCCCAGCAUUCAUAAUACCCAUUUAUUAAAUAUUGAAAGGUACAGCAUCACUAUUUUGUGUUAAUAACUAUCUUUGAAUGUAAAUAUGAACAAAACUCACUGUGCACCUUUAGUUUAAUUGAGUUGAACAGUAUUUGAUACACUUUGCGUGAUCAUAUAAAAGGCAAUGGAGGCUAAAAGGUCUAUGAAGCCAUUUUCAUGUUUUUGUGGAGGAGGAAAAAGAGGACCAAGAUGAUUGAUAUUUUUUUGCCCAGCAACCAUGACUGAAAAAAAAGAUUAAAUUGAAUACCAAUCUCAUACACAAGAAAAACAAAUCAGUAAAAAUCCCAAUUGUGAAAGAUGAGUGGAUUGACUUAUUUUGGGCUUUACAAAAACCUCUAAAUGGGGUUUUGCAGACUUUUAAAAAAUAUAUAUAUAUACAGUGCCCUCCAUAAUUAUUGGCACCCCUGAAAAAGAUGUGUUUUUUAGCUUCUAAUCUAUAUAUAUAUAUAUAUAUAUAUAUAUAUACAUAUAUAUAUUAAUACAAAUAAUAUGGGACCUUAAUGGAAAAAAGAGAAAAAUCCAACUUUUAAUACAAAACCCAACCCUCACACAAAAAUACACACGGUCCCAGGCUUCAACUGGGACCGUGUGCUUUGGUCAGAUGAGACCAAGUUUGAGCUUUUUGGCAACAAACACUCUAAGUGGGUCUGGCGUGCCACGAAAGAUGCGCAUGCUGAAAAGCACCUCAUACCCACUGUGAAGUAUGGGGGUGGGUCAGUGAUGCUGUGGGGCUGUUUCGCUUCCAAAGGCCCUGGGAACCUUGUUAGGGUGCAUGGCAUCAUGAAUGCUUUGAAAUAUCAGGACAUUUUAAAUCAAAAUCUGUUGCCCUCUGUCCGAAAGCUGAAGAUGGGUCAUCACUGGGUCUUUCAGCAAGACAAUGACCCUAAACAUAUGGCCAAAUCUACACAGAAAUGGUUCACCAGACACAAAAUCAAGCUCCUCCCAUGGCCAUCUCAGUCCCCAGACCGUGUUUUGUUGGCAAAAGGGGGUUGUACAAAGUAUUAACACCAGGGGUGCUAAUAAUUGUGACACACAUUAUUUGAUGUCAAAUAUUUUUUUCUUUAUGUGGGAUUUUUUCCUCACUGAAUGAAUGCACUUGUAUUGAAGGUUGGAUUUUUCUCUUUUUUUCCAUUAAGGUCCCAUACUAUUUGAAUAAAAAAAUAUAUACUGUAUAUUAGAAGCUAAAAAACACAUCUUUUUCAGGGGUGCCAAUAAUUAUGGAUGGCACUGUAUAUAAAUAUCCAUGAGUAUUGAAUCCUGGAACUCUUAAAUUUUUUCCAUUCCCGUAAUUUUCACGCUAUAAGGCCCACCUGACUAUAAGCCCUUCAAAUUUGGCAUGAAAACGACAUUUGUUCAUAGAUAAGCCGCACUGGACUGUAAGCCGCAGCUAUCCUCAAUGUAUUAUGGGAUAUUUACAGCAAAAGAUAUUAACCGGUAACAUUUUAUGUGACAGCGGCAGCAUACGACUGUCAUAAGACCAAAUGAACCAUCAUGAACCACCAUUCAUUGGUUCAAGAAGCUUCAUUUGGCCAUCACUGCUCCCUUGGGGGAGACAGUCAAUCUCUGCUGCCACCUGAUGCACCAACCGAAACUCGGCGUUAGAACGCAGCGCGUGUUUGAGUUUAACACAGUGAAAGCUAACUCAACGUUCUGCCUGGGUCGGCCCCCUACGGGGAGGUGUGGCGCAAUGUCUGUAGGAGCUGUCUCGUCAACUGAUAGUGAAGUCUAUGGAUGUACAUUAGACGUGCUGAGAUCCACAUUGUAAUAUAUACUUAAUGUACAAUUCCGAGCAGUUCUUGAACGCAAAACAUACAAUUACCUCGCUCACCCGCACGCGACCAACAACUUUCCUUGUGACGCACACAUGAUGGCAGUCAUGGAUAAGUUUUUAAAAAGGACAACUUGGAAAACCCAAAUUGAGCCCUGGUCUAGAUGAAGACAGAGCUCAAAAGCAAGGCAAUCCAGUGAAAGCUACGCUUAAUUCGGAUUUACUUUCACCGGGAAUUAGACGAAACCUACUCCACGAUGUUUCACGUUUCAUCAAAUGUCACACUGAGAAAGUAUAAAAAUUGAAAAAUUAUAUUAUAAUGAAAUUAGGGCUGUCAAAUUUAUCGCGUGAUUAAUUUUUAAAAUUAAUCACGUUAAAAUAUUUGACGCAAUUAACGCAUGGACGGAAUGACCCGUUCACGCGUUGCCUCAGACAGUCUACAAUGACGCCGUUUUAACACAUUGAGCGCAAAAAGGCAGAGAAAUGCGAGUGGACAGAGGCGCUCAUUGGACUGCGCCUUUUAUUGGAAGCUUUGACAGCCACAACCAAUAGUCAUGGUUGCCCAACUUCCCAUCGUGCAUUUGGGCGGAGCAAGAGACAGUCUUUUUCUUAACACGCUUAAUUGACCACAACACAGAACAUACUGAAUACCAUUUGCAGCCACCACUGACAGUCAUGGUUACUCAACUUUCCGUCGUGCAUUUGGGCAGAGCAGGUGAGGAUCUAUUUCUUUACACGCCUAAUUGAACACGACGCGGAACAUACUGUAUAUCAUUUGGAGCCACCACUGACAGUCAUGGUUGCCCAACUUCCCAUCAUGCAUUUGGGCGGAGCAUGAGACAAUCUUUUUCUUAAUACGCCUAAUCGAACACAACGCAGAACAUACUGUAUACCAUUUGCAGCCACCACUGACAGUCAUGGUUGCCCAACUUCCCAUCAUGCAUUUGGGCGGAGCAUGAGACAAUUUUUUUCUUAAUACGCCUAAUCGAACACAACGCAGAACAUACUGUAUACCAUUUGCAGCCACCACUGACAGUCAUGGUUGCCCAACUUCCCAUCAUGCAUUUGGGCGGAACAGUUAAGUCGCUACAGUACAGUAUCAUUUAGUGAAAGCACAACAAAAAUAAUGGGCCUAUCUCUUAAAAAAAAUAAUGUUCACAAAAAGAAAAGCGCUCAAUGCAAAGAGAACUGGCAUUCCCAAUCAAAUAGCUAUGCAAAAUACACAUAAAUGUUAAUGCCAUCUUGUGGAUUUAUUGUUAUAAUAAACAAAUACAGUACGUAUGUACAGUAUGUUGAAUGUUUAUGUCCGUCUUGUGUCUUAUCUUUCCAUUCCAUCAACAAUUUACAGAAAAAUGUGGCAUAUUUUAGAGAUGGUUUGAAUUGUGAUUAAUUACGAUUAAUUAAUUUUUAAGCUGUGAUUAACUCGAUUAAAAAUUUUAAUCGUUUGACAGCCCUAAAUUAAAUACGCUGUACAGAAAGUCAUUUUUAGUUUGUGGUGUGCCUCAAGAUUUUUUCCAAUGUAAAAAUGUGCCGUGACUCAGAAAAGGUUGGAAAACACUGGCCUAUUUGAAAACGGUUUUCAUAUCUAGGGUCUACUGCAUUAUAAGGCGCAAUAGUAGUAGUUGUUGGGGUUGCAUUAUCCACUAGAUGAAACUGCGUUAAAGAAAAUGUCAUGCCAUGAUUAACUAAUAUUGAUCCAUAUAUAAGGCAAAGGCGCACUAUCGGCUUUUGAGAAAAUUUAAAGCUUUUAGGUGCACUUUAUAGUGCGGAAAAUACGGUAAUCUCCAUUUUUCUAACAAAUAAUGUCUGAAAAUGUCCACCCCUUAAAACUCCAGGCAAGUCAGUUAUUUAUUUGCUAUUACAACAUUUGUACUUUUACAUGUAUUUCUACUGACAUUCCUUUCUAUAUAGAAUGCCGCUUGUAUAGAAACUCCAGUGCUUGGACCACAGAUGUUUGUCUUUGAAAAUGUGUUGCAAGCUGAAAACACUUCCAAAUGAAUCCAUUUUCUUAAAACGUGUGCCUCAUGAAUUGUCCAGUACUAGCACUUGUGAGAAAUAAAUGUAAUAUAUGUGUACCUGUAUACAGAAUUCAAUGUAAAUACUGCCUUUUAACUCACCACAGCUGGCCUUCCUAAAAGUAGCUGCCCCAAUUAGAUGUUUCACUUUGUUGCACAUGUAAGUACUACUUUUUGACAGCUCUCUACUUUGUUGUGGGGAGGUUAUCAUGCGAGAUGCAACUAGUUAGUGUCAGACAACUAUUGCUUUGUACCCACAAUAAAA